AGGCGCACUGUGCGAUGUUCUUAUUCAUUAAAAGCAGAGGUUGCGCUCGUGAUAGGAUCCUCAAAUUGAAAGAGAAAUUUUCGUGUGAUUGUUUAUUUGGUAUCCGAUUAAAUACUAUUAAUUAACGAUGCCUGCGACGAACGUCGAGGACGAUCCGUAUGCGCAUGUUGCGAAAGGCGCUCUGAAAUUGAAGAGCGAUCAAACAGUGAGCAAGAAGAAAAAAGAUAAGAAAGGGAAGAAGAAAAAGCUGGUGGAGGUAUCGAAGAUCAUUGAGGAAGAGAAACCUCAAAAAGUGGAAGUGAAACGGACGAAAGCAGAGCUAGCUUUUCAGAAAAUGCAAGAGAAAAUGCAAACCGAAAGAAUCAAACAGAAAGCUUCCAAGACUCAUAAACAACGAGUGGAGGAAUUUAAUCGACAUUUGGAUAGCUUAACUGAACACUUUGACAUACCUAAAGUGAGCUGGACGAAAUGAACACCAAGAUGUUUCUCAACAAAUUUAUUUAUAUGUGUACAUAUGUAUUAUAAACAAUUUUAAUUUAAGAUAAAAACAUGAACAUUUUAUAUAUAAUCAUGGCAUUAUUUUAAUCCUUAAGUAUUUAUAUUAAGUCAAAUCUUUUUUUGUUCCUUUUUUUGAAGAGAAAAUUUUGGACUAAACAUGUCAAAUCUACUGAUAAAUUUUGUCUUAAUAUUGGCAUUUAUUUGUUUAGUUUUAAUUACUUAAGGAUUAAAUAAGUUCUAUCUUAAAUAUAAGAUAAAUAUGAAAAUUAUUAAGGCAUUACAAAAGAACUUGUACUUGUUGUAAAAAAUAUAUAAAAACAUGGUCAA